AUGGCGAUGAUGAUGACUGGCCGUGCGCUGCUGGUGUGUGCCCUCUGCGUGCUGUGGAGCGGUUUGUCUGGAAUUGCGGCCGAUGAUGCUGGCAGUGCGGGUGAGAAAUUGCUUUCAAAUUGGCAGAAACUGCUGAAGUCCGAAUGCGAGACGGACAAUACGAGUAAGACGGACGGGAAGUUGAAUGAGUCAGCUGUGAACUGUUGUGUACAUCAUGCGAUGAGGGAGCUUUGCAACGAUGUCUACGGUAAGAUUCUCAAGGAAACUGAGGACUCUCAAGUUGGGGGUAUUUGCAAAGAGUACGCUGGAAAACCAAAUGAUGCCGAUAAAUGCCCAAAACCGCAAACCGAGCCGUCGCCUGGUACGGGAGCUACAGUGGGAAUAUCGGUUCCAGAAGGACUGGGAAACGAAGAAGAAUUGAGAAAACAAUCGGAAGAGGCACCGGGCGCACCACCGGAGGAUUUAGACCCAAAACCAACAGGACUACCAGCAUCACCGCCAGUGGAAGGAUCACCCGACAAGGCAAAGGACGUGCGUGUGCCAAAUUCAGAGGAAGGCUCGGUGAGCAUGGAGCCAACCAAAGAUUCGGCAAAAGGGGGCAUUGUCCCUAUCGCAGACACCGACCAUAAUGAAGCAUCUAACGGUCAAACCGAAUCAACCACAACAACACCCCCGGAUGCCAGUGAUAAUGCUAACAAAAAAACGGAAAAGGGCACUGGAGAAAAUAUUCCGAACAAUACAAAUGAAUCAGAUGUCGCAGGGACAGAAGGAAAAACGGAUGAGAAUAAAGAUAAUAAUCCCAAUGAAACAGCACUCCAUGUUGCGGGUAUGAAAACUGUCACGACGACGCCUGGCGACAGUGACGGCAGCACCGCGGUCUCCCACACCACCUCCCCUCUUUUGCUUCUUCUUCUUGUUGCGUGUGCGGCUGCGGCUGCGGUGGUGGCCGCGUGA